AGGAUGCUUCACAGUUGGAUCCAAUAGAGAACGAAGGCACCGACGCCUAAAGAAGAACCCAAGGCACUUGCAGACUUGCAGUCUAGAGCUCACACGUGGACGGACACCACGUGGAGCCAUGCCUCACAUCGCCGUCGACUCACCAGAAAUUGGAGCGAGCCGAACUGACCACGAUAAAUCUGCUACGCGUUCUGUGUCGCAUGCGAGUUCUUUGGACGAGGACGUUGAAGUGGAGCUGUUGGACUCGGUAUCCAAGAUCGACUGUGCCUUAGCAGAGAGUAGCAAUAACAUAGAAGUGGAGAGCGAAGUGGAGCAGUUGCGACGCACCAAUGAGCAGCUACGUAGCGAAGUAGCGGAUCUUACAAGUGCGUUGCUUGCACGAGACCUGGAGCUCGUUAGAUUAAGGGAUCGCUGCCAGUUUCUUACCACGGCGGUGGAGCAGCAGGAUGACGUUAUCGCAAAGAUUUACGCCACCACUACAGCAGCAAAUGGUAUGGGUAAAGAGUCGAUGGUGACGGCAUUACCCGUCCUGACAACUGGGAGUACUUUUGGGUGUGAUCUGAUUAAAGAAAACAUCAAGUAUAACUCGAAACAGAAUGAAAAGAGGAUGUUCUUGAGCUCUAUGAAGAGCUACCCCGGAGCUGUGGGUAUGGCAGACCCUCUGGACGACACGCUGUUCGGUUCCAAGGACGAUAGCGUUGAAAACAAGGAGGAUUCAAGUAAAUUCAGCGAGGAUGUAGUGAAAAUUGAUCUGGACGAACUCCCAUACGCACCUCGAGCACCUAAGAAUUCGAAUAACCACAGUGCAACAGCCAGUGUCUAUAGCUCGAGCAGCACCACUACUGCAUCGUCGUCCUCGUCACUUUUUGGAGAUAUUGGCGAACCAGUGUCGAAGCCUCCACGGUCGUGGAGUUCUCCUAUUGUCAAACGGCGACCUUCGCUUGAGCGCCAAGACAGCAGCCCUACAGAGGAGGUGUUCGCGAGAUCAGCAGGCUUUCUUCGCAAGUCCAACCGCACCAUGUCCGGGCGCUUGAGUGUGAGCGACCUUGGACUCCUCAACGACGACGAUGAUGUCGAAAGUAACCAGACGCAAGAAGCAGCGCCUUUGGGUACUCACGAACAGCUUAAAGGGGAGGAAAAUUCACUCGAUUAUGGGGAUAGUAGAUCGUCGGGAUUAUCAACAAGAAGCCGAAGCCAGCGUCACCUUUUUGAAGGUGUCGACGAAGCUCUGAAAGCAAAGAUGAAGCAGAAAAAAUCGGACGGAAACCCAGCUGAUGGAGAUGAAGACACUUUGACGUACGGCGAGUUCCUGCAGCGAAUCAGUCUGCCUGCUUCCCGAGACAUUUUGGACAAAAUUCGUAUGUUUGUUGGCUCCAUCUUAGGGCCUCGCGGUGACGGACGACCCCCGCGGUCAACAGACUAUGUUGAGUACGAUUUCUAUGGAAAACACGAGUUCAGGCGUCGAUGUAUCCGAUUUUUUGAGAGCAUGGAGGACAUUCUACUGAACCAUCCGGCCUGGCGUCAUGUCUCUGAGGCUAAACUGGCUAAGGCACGCGAUGGUAUUGAAAAAUACGUCAUGGACAAAGUAUCAGACAUCGCAUUCAAUAAGCUGAAGGAGUGCCAGCAGUGGAUGAACGAGGAUGAAGCUCUGUUGCGACGCAUGCAGCUGUUAUCGGUACGUUAUGCUGGUACAGUUUUAGUUGUGAAGCUCUAACAUGUAUUAUUGCACAGUUCAUAACGCCAGAGAUGCUAGAUAUCAAGCCGUGCAUGCGCAACGAGGUUGUCUGGUCGAUGGCUGAAGACGAAUUACGACGUAUCAACUCGUUUCGGUCGCCAGGGGACAAAAUCAAUUGCAUUGUUCGGUGCUGCAGCGUCAUUUUCAGUGUUCUCAAUCUGUCACGAGGAGACUCCGGUAGUCGUCCAGGUGCUGAUGACUUCCUGCCGGUUUUUAUCUACAUCGUGCUGCACUCGCAGAUCCCUCGACUGUAUUCCAACUGCGAGUACAUUUCAGCGUACCGGAACCAAGCCGACUUGAUGUCGAAGUGAGGAUGCACACAAGUGGAUGAUUCCGUUUUUUUAUGCUCAUUUUUUCCCGGUGCGUUACAGGGCUGGAUACUGCUUCGUGAACUUGCGUAGUGCUGUUGAGUUCAUUACGGCGAUGGAUGGAUCUAUGUUGUCCAUCUCGGACGACGAGUUCCAAAGACUUUACGCUGAACGAGAAAAAUUGCUACUGAAGUCUUAAGCAGUGUGUGAUGUUACAUUAGAUUUUUUUUCUUUCGUAGCCACUUUACUUUUGUACGGAGUGUUGUUAACACUACAUCUUAAAUUUGGGUGAGUGCAGACAAAUUUCGUCUUACGACACAGUUUUGUGCCACAAGUUUUAGCCAAUCAGAACUCCAGAUUGUUUUUUAGCUCUCUUACAAACUUCUA